AUGUUAUGUGAAACAAUGGCUACAUGUGUUGCUGAAUAUUUUGAAAAAUUAGAAAAAAAUUUAAGAGAAACAAAAUAUAAAAAUCAAAUUGAAUCAUUAGAAAAACGUUUAGAAACAAUUGAAAAAACUACAAAAAAAGUCAAACCAAAAAAAGUAUCAAAAUCUUCAAAUAAACAAAAUCAUGAUGAAGAUAAUAUUACGCAAUUAGAAGUAUUAGAAGAAGAAAAACAUAAUCAAAUUAUACUUUCUGGUCUUGAACAACAAUUAUUGGAUGGUAUUUUAGAUGAAGGUACAUUAGCAAAUCGACAUGGAUGUGAUCGAGAAUUAGUUGAUUCUCUAUUAGAACGAGCAUCAUCGGAAAAUCCAAGAUUAGUUGGAUAUAUGCAACGAGGUGUAGCUUAUCAUCAUGCUGGUUUAAAUAAUAAAGGUCGAGUAGCUGUUGAAGCACUUUUUCGUAAUCGAUAUGUUCAAGUGGUUUUCUCUACGGCAACACUUGAUAUGUAA